UCUCUUUCGGCUCCGCGCUGCCUCCUCGUCUUCCUCGAAACCCUAAAAUUCGACUGUUGUGAUCAUUUUUCUUAUUUUCUGGGCCGAUUUCCUACCGGCAGUAUCACAAAUUCCAAUCUCUUUAAUCGAUCGUCUCAUCCUUGUCGUGAUUUUUUGUUUCUUUCGAAUUUGUCCUGCCUGUGAAAUUGUCGUAUUUCCUUUUUGUUUUGUAAGUAACCUGUUCCGAAGUUGUCACCCAAAUCCAAGCUGCAUUCGUUUAAUUCGCUUACCCAAGUGUCGAUCUCGAGUUCGUUGAUCUUUCGCCGAAGAGUUUGUCCAGGUUUGGGGUUCUUGAUUCCGCGUGAUUAGCGAGUUUUUGUUGAUCUUGAAACCGUAGGCUGGAUUUGAUUUGGCGUCGCGAACGGGAGAUAUGGUCGGAGGUGGCAGCAGGAGGGACGAUGGGCCCUUGAAUAUUAGCAGCACCAACGUUUUCGCAGCGCUCGAGACCCUCAAGAAGAAGAAGAAGUCCAGCAAGGAGUCGAAAGGCAAAGGGUCGUCCAAGAGCCAGGCGAAGGAGCCGGAACCGCAGGUGUUUUGGGCACCGACGCCGCUGACGGUGAAAUCUUGGGCCGAUGUAGAUGAUGACGAUGAUUAUUUUGCGACUACGGCACCGCCUCAGUCUGUUUGGGGCUCGUCGGGGCAGCAGCAGCAGCAGCACAAGAAAGCUGCGGCAGUCGUAGAGGAGGAAAGUGAAAGCGAAGACGAUGGCCUUGACAUCGGCGAUGAUGAUGCUGAGGAAGAACCUGAACAUGAAGCUGAGGUGGCUGCUUCUACUGAACCGGUCAUGGAGAAACCUGUUCCAGUUUCGGUUUCAUCCAAAGAUGCAGAACGACAUAUGUCUAAGAAGGAGCUCAAGAAAAAGGAAAUGGCAGAGCUUGAUGCAAUUCUAAACGAGCUGGGCAUUUCCAGCAAAGAUAGUGAUGCUGCACAUCAUGAGACAAAUGACAAGAAACAACUGGAGCAAAGUGGUGAUGGAAAGAACAAGGAAAGUGCAGGUGCUCCUUCAGAGGGCAAAAGCUCGAAGAAGAAGAAGGCCAAGAAGGAGAAAUCUUCAAAGGACACCAAGGAACAGGAGCAACAGCUCCCUCGUCUCAAUGGAGACGACAAGAGUCCGGAUGACUCAGUUGCUGAACCCCGGGAGGAGGAUGCACCUGCAGUCGAUGUGAAGGAAAGGCUAAAGAAGGUAACUUCCACCAAGAAGAAGAAAUCAAACCGAGAGACGGAUGCCGCCGCAAAAGCUGCCGCUGUCGAGGCAGCUGCAAGAAGUGCCCGGCUCGCUGCUGCAAAGAAGAAAGAGAAGAGCCACUACAAUCAACAACCUGUAAGGUAAUCUUCUUCUUCUUCUCUCUCAUUCUGCGAGAAGAGAAGUUCCAUCUAGCCAAAUCCAUUUGUCGAAUCUCCAAAUAAAAAAAAACAUUGCGAUGCCCGUAGAUGACAUGACAAUAUAUGAUUAUUGUUCUCUUCCAAUGGGAUUCGGGUUUCCGUGUAUCUAUGCGUCCUGUAAUGAUUUAUUUUGGUACUUUGGUACAUUGUUAAUUAGUA